GCUCUCUCGGCUGGUUGCUUUCCGCUGCUCUCCCCUCCUGCCCUGCCCCCCGCCUGUCCUCCUUCCUGCCUUCCUCCUCCUCUCCGCCUCGCCUUCCCCGCUCCCGCGUUUUCCCUCUCCCCGUCUCGAAUUCGGGGUGAUUCCUCGGGAGAGGGCGGUGGGAUUCCAGCGAGCUUUCAAGGCUUCUCGGCGUUCUUUUUCCCCCCAAUGCUCCGGGGAGCGUUUCUCUGCCGCCCGGCCAGAGCCUUUCCUCCUCCUCCUCCUCCUCCUCCUCCUCUUUCCUUCCCUCCAGAAACGCGUCCUUUCUCAAGUUGCAAAACCAAGCGGGGCGAGGAAGCGGGUGGUGGGGAAAGGCAUUCAGGAGGGUCACCCUGGGGAGGAGAGGGAGCGGGGGGAGGAGGAGGAGGAGGACAGGGAGGAAGAAGGAGGGAAGGAGGAAGAGGAGGCGAUGGGCUCGUCCGACCCAGUCCGGGCCGGCCACAGCCCCGUACCGUCCGAGCGGGUUAGCAGCUCGCACCGCGGGCGGAGAGAAGCAGGAAGCCGAGAGGAAGAAGAAGACCGCCAGGAGGCUGCCUCUGCCGCCGCCGCCUCCUCCUCCGCCGCCUCCGCCUCUGUCUCUGUCGCCGCCGCCGCUGCUGUUAGGAAGGCUGCCGAUGCUGCGGCCGCCUCCGCCGCCGCCGCCACUGCCUCCUCCGCCACCGUUCGGUGCCGGGGCCCGACCGGGGGUGUCGCCGCUGGAUCGCGCUGGUCCCCGCCGCGAGCCUGGGAACGGAGGGAGGCCGGCGAGGAAGCGGCCGAGGCGAAGCUGCCGCUCAGGGCGCGCGGGUGUCCGGGGGCCAGGUCCAAGGCAGCGCCGCGUCGUCAGCCAUUCAGCAGAGGCGCUUCGGGAAGCUCCGGGGACGCCGAGAAGGAGCCGGGCGCGGAGGCCAGCGCCGAGUUGAGGAGGCACUUUGGGGCUCUCUUGCCGCCGCCGCCG